AUGAUCCUUACUUUCAUCACUUUCUCACACACAAGAGAAUCAUUCUUCUUUCUUCUAAAAAACUUUACCCUUCACUUUACUUGAUGGCUCUUUUUCUAGUUACUAUUUUAAUCUUGAUGACUACUUCAUGCAAUGCUUAUUGGCCACCUUCACCUGCUUACUGGCCAAGUUCUAAGUUCAACUCUAUCAACUUUUACAAAGGUUUUACAAAUCUUUGGGGUCCUCAACACCAAAGAAUAGAUCAAAAUGCAUUAACAAUUUGGCUUGAUAGAACCUCAGGAAGUGGAUUCAAAUCGGUUCGUCCGUUUCGAUCCGGUUACUUUGGUGCUUCUAUUAAGCUUCAACCAGGUUAUACUGCAGGAGUUAUAACAGCUUUCUAUCUAUCAAACAAUGAGGCACAUCCUGGUUACCAUGAUGAAGUGGACAUUGAGUUUCUAGGGACAACAUUUGGAAAACCUUAUACUUUGCAGACCAAUGUUUAUAUAAGAGGGAGUGGAGAUGGGAAAAUUGUUGGUAGAGAGAUGAAGUUUCAUCUAUGGUUUGAUCCUACCAAAGAUUUUCAUCACUAUGCUAUACUUUGGAGUCCUAAGGAAAUAAUAUUCCUUGUGGAUGAUGUGCCUAUAAGGAGGUACCCGAGGAAGAGUGAUGCAACAUUUCCUAUAAGACCAAUGUGGCUUUAUGGUUCAAUAUGGGAUGCAUCAUCAUGGGCAACUGAAGAUGGAAAAUACAAAGCUGAUUACAAAUAUCAACCUUUUGUUGCAAGGUAUACAAAUUUUAAAGCUAGUGGUUGCACAGCCUUUGCUCCUCUUUGGUGCCAUCCAGUUUCAGCCUCACCAUAUGGUUCUGGUGGGUUAACCUCACAACAAUAUAGAGCUAUGAGAUGGGUGCAAAGAUAUCAACUCGCUUAUAACUAUUGUCAAGACCCCAAAAGAGAUCAUAGAUUAACACCCGAGUGUUGGAGUUAAAGAUUGAAGAUUUAGUACAUGUUUGAAUUGACGGUGAAUUUUAGAUGAUCAUAGUAGUGUCGUGAUUUUAUUGAAGCCGUAAAAUAUAGUUUUUUUUCAAAAUCACAUUGGCCCACUGGAUAUCUGACAAAUUCACUGUUGAUUCAAACACACAUUGGACAAAAUUGAGGUGGGGUGGCGAAAACACUAUUCUCUUGUGAUGUAUUUUGUUUGUUUGUUUGAGAAAGUUUUCUUUUUACUUUGUGGGGGUGACUUGAGAUGGGCCCCACUCAUUUGACAACAUUAUUUAUGCAACUGAAAGGGGUUAAACGUCCAAGGCUCUUAAGACACGAGAAAAUUUGGAAGAUGGUGUGGGUUUUUUUUUUGUCUUUGUCGUAUCUGUUUUGUUUGGUGUAAACCAAAAGCGGAAAAAAAAAGAGGGAGAUAGAGAGGAAUAAUGUGAAUGUCCAAGAAAAGCAAAGUGGACAAUUAUUUAUGGGUUGGUAAAUGUGGCAGUUGAGUGCGAAUAUUAUUAUAAACAUACCCUUCAUUUUA